CAAACUUGAAAUUGUGUAUACGACUAAGGAUUGUUCGCGAUUUAAAGAGUGUACGUAAUUGAUAAAUAUUUAGCAAGUUGUUUUAUUUGUAAAAAAAGAGGAAACGAAACUGGCAACACGGCCCUGAAAUAUCCCCUCUCUCUCACUCGAUUUUCUCAUUCUCUCUAUCUCAGUGACUCUGUGUAAGAGAGGAACAUAUCGCGUGGAAUUUCUCGGUCGAACGAGUCAACGGCCUUAUCGAUGUGUAUACACUCGGUGAGUCGCAACGGUUACUGUCACGGCAGAGAACUCUAACGUUUUUGCAGUUAUUCAAUUUUCCAUCCCACACACAAACGAUGUUUUAAAGUGUCUCGAUCUUUCUGAACGCGCGGUUGUGAUAUCUCUGUUGCGCGCGCACUAGUUAACGAAACACGGAGAGAGAAAGGGCGCCAGUACAAACUUUGCCGGGAAACUGGAUGUGGAAAGUCGAAGAAACGUGGCCGAUCCACGGGUUGCACUGAAUGUGCCAGUGAUUUUCCGGAGGCGAAUCUAACAUAAUCGCUUUACAAGUGCGUGCGAUCGAUCAAGAAGACCCUUCCAACUAUUUUCGUGCAUGCGCGUGCCUUUUUUUUUAUCCCUUUCCUUCGUCCUAGUCGUGCUAAUCGAGCAAUCGUAGUUUCCUUGCAGAAAUACCACCAACAUUUUUCAAUUUUCAAGAAGAGAGCGGAGGAGCUUCGUCUUUGUCACGUUCUUCAACUUUUUCAAGUAUCAAAGCAAAAGGCUUUGAAAAGGAUCACCCAAUUCGGUUGAUUCCAACGAGUUUGAAAGAGCGUUUUCGCUAACUUUUGAAAGACACUCUGACGUAACUUCGUUCUAUGCUUCAAGAUGAUGGAGACGCAGAAUUAUUGGAAAGACAACUCCACUCAUACUAUGCAAGUCAAAUACGAGAGUUUGGAUGGAAGAUCCUGCAAAGAUGAAAUUUAUAGAAUUGGCUUAGGGACAGGUUAUUGCGAAGGAAACUUGAAUUUCGCUACCGCCUCGGAGGACGAUGAAGUUUACACUAAGAAGAAGGUUUCUAGACAAGAUCCGAUGUCGCAUAGGAUCAUCGAGAAACGCAGAAGAGAUCGAAUGAACAAUUGUCUCGCCGAUCUCAGCAGGUUGAUUCCCGCGGAAUACUUGAAGAAGGGUCGCGGCAGAGUGGAAAAAACCGAGAUCAUCGAGAUGGCUAUACGUCAUAUGAAACACCUGCAAGGUCUUCGACAAGAGACGAAGCAGGCGAGCGUUGUGACACCUGUGCACGCGCACCCCGAAGACAGCGUUGACAGCAUUUCCCAUUCGGCGGCGGCGGCGGCGGCGGCGGCGGCGGCCUCGACCGCAACCGAGCACUACAGACUGGGAUUUCAAGAGUGCCUCAGCGAAACGAUGCACUUUCUCAUUGAGGUCGAGGGCUUCUACGCUAGGGAUUCUCUUUGCGUGCAGUUGACCAAUCAUUUGCAGCAGCAUUGUGAGAAGAUCUUGGCCACGAGCGACAGGUUGGGCUUUCCUCAGCCCGAGAUGCUGCCAAUAUCGAAUUGCGGUAGUACGAGCGUUACGAGUUACGAUCACACGAGCAUACCGAUGAUAUGUCAACCUACCGUUCACUCCGAUCACGGCUCGAGUUCGGGCGUGAGUUCCUUCGGCGACUCGGAACGUCCUCCGCGUCCGAUUGGCGGACAUUCCGGUGUUUGUUACAGCUCCGGCAUCGUCAUACCACCGCCCACGAUCCUCAGCGACGACAGUAACCACAGCAGCCAUUCGCACAGUACACCUCUUAGCGCGAGUAAUAACUAUCGUCCUCAGAAUUACAAGUUCAAAAGUUCGAUCAAACAGAGGUUUUCCGCUGAGAGAAUCAAGUCGAGCCCUUCUCCGUGCGCGAGUCCUGAAAAACAAAACAAUUCCUCUCAUGGCGUGCCAAUUUUCGCACUUCACGAUGGCGGGGCUUUUUACGUUCCUCUCACCGUCGAGGCUUCCAUGUUGAGCCCUCACUUUGGACUUAUUCCAGACAACGGACCUGACACGGUCCUUCAUCCGAUCACCAUAUCCGUCAAUUUUAAUCAGCAACAUUCGAUGUCGCCAUCAGCGGCUAGCCCAACCGCGAUAACUACCAUGACGACGAUGACAACUAUGACGACGACGACUACGAUGACGAUGACGACGACAACGACGACGACGACGACGUCAACGACGACGACAACGUCAACGACGACGACGUCGACUACGACGGCGACGGCGACGGCGAUUGCGACGGAUCCAACGAUAACAACUUUGACGAGCAACAUCGUAAACGGAGCCAUCCCCUGGUCCUCGCAACAUAGUCCGAUUUAUCAAACGUAAAGGGAUUCAAGAAAACAAGAUCCCGAAAAAUAUCGAAAUAUUCGGAUCUAAAACUUCUUUCCUUUGCUAUUUACUAGCGCACGAUUAGACGCAUCGCAUUGUCAUCUUUUCUGGAUUCACGAACUAUUCGAAAAACAUUCCGGAAUAUUUGCGAAGCGUUUUGCAGCGUCCCUGUAUUCGGCGUAUAUUACGACACCUUUUCUCUUUGUAAUAAACUCGUGAAAAAUAUCAAUGGUUCUUUUACGAAACGAAAGAACGCAUCACGACGACAAAUAUUGUCGGCACAAUAUUGAAUGCAAUAUUAUGUACCUACUAUAUAUAUGUAUACAUAUUUUAAGUACGAUACGUAUAUGACAGGACUCCAUUUAUGGAAAAGAGUGACUCGUCUAAAUGGAGAUAUUCCUAUACGCAGGAAUGAUAUAUCCUAUAGUGCGAACAUUCGUACCUCCGCAUCUUGCGAUUAAUCGUUUUAGUUCCAUUUUAUUUCGAUAGAACGUUUUUGAUAGUUCUAGUAUUGCACAAAAGUAUUGCAUUUUACUAUGUAUAUAUAUGAGCCGUUUAUUUUGAAAGUGGCAUAAGUCACUUUUUCAAAAAAAUCGAGUUAAUUGCAA